AUGUCUUCUGAGUCAGACAGCAUCUCUGUCAAUUUCAGAGCUGAAAGUUCCCCGGUGCGCCCUACUACACAUGAAGUUUUGGUGAACGGAUUAGAUACCCCCUCGCCCAAGAAGUUAUUGCCAAGCAAGUCUUCAAAAAAUAAGAACGCCACACAGAAGAAACAGAAGACGGCAGACAAAAUGACCAAAGUCACGACCGUUGAAAAAGAUGAAGAUGAUUCUGAUGUCGAUAAUCCCGGUCGUGAGAAUGAAGUCAGCUCAUCAGAAGCCGGCACUACCCAUGGAAAGACUCUUUCUAAGGCAAAGACUGUCACCAAGAACGAGGAUGGUGGCGAAGAAGAAGAAGAUGCUGAGGAAAUCGUUACGAAGAAACCCGCAGCUGCCCCCAAGUCCAAGUCUUCUAGCACCCACAAGCUAGACAUCAAGAUCAAGGAAAAAGCCAAACCAUCGGAUGAAGUAACUCCAAAUGUCUCCGAUGCUGACACCAAAAAGGCUGCAACAACUACCCAGUCCAAAAAGAGACGUGCGGCUACUUCCACGAACGGUGGAGCUCGCAAGAAAGCCAAGUUACCAGCAAAUGCUUACAAUCCUGAUUGUUAUUCCCAGUUGAACAGGGAAGACAAGUUAUUGUUUGAUCUCAAAACCAAAAACCCAGAGGCUCCAUGGAAAGAACUCAUUGUUCAGUUUAACCUGGAAAUACAGGGUAAACCUGAACUCAAAGCUGAUGCGCUUAGAAUGAGAUGGCCCAGAGUCAAGGCUGCAGCGACCGAGAUUGAACAUGGUGAUAUCCAAAAGAUGUGCAUCUCCAAGCAAGAUAUGGAAGAUCAACUCGAGAAUACGAGAGAUGAGCUGUUGGCAAAAUUUGAAAGAGAGAGAGAAGCUGUGUUGCGAAAAUUUAAGACAGAAAUGUGGACUGAAAUUGCUAAAAACGUUGGCCAAAAUGGUGGCAACGAAUAUGAACCAGCUAUUCUGCAAAGAAAGUACGAACUCUAUAAGCGCCAGGGUCGUAUCGAUGACAACGAUAAAUACUUGGCAUGGACUGAGGAGGAUGAGAAUGGCGUGAAAGCAGAAGCGCAGGAUGACGAGGAAGAAGACGUCGAUGAAGAAGAAGACAAAGACGACGAUGAGCACGAAAAUGAUGACGAAGAAGAAGCCGGCGCCCAAGAGGAUGCAAAUGGUAAAGAUGAGAUCGAAGUCGACAUCAAAGGAGAAGAUACCAAUAUGUCUGAAGCCGAAGCUUGA